AUGCAUCUCCACGACCUCCUCCUCGUCUUCCUCCUCUUCUCCCCAGUCACAGCGAUCGGUAUGUCAUGUUUUCGAGUCGUAUCUGCACUAGUCGGCCGCCCAACACACCUCUUCAACAAAUUCCAGAGUGAAAUCUGCGACGCUGGAUGUCAACCCACCAUCCCCCACUGGGACCUCUGGACACGCAACAACAGCUUCGUUCCAGCUGUGCGCCACCUGAUGCAACGCAUGAACGUGCCCCACAAGGAAGAGGCUCUGCUGAAGAUGGGCGACGAUGUCGCGCUCACCAUCAAGGCAAAUUGUGCACCGAUGCUGGGGGGUGGAGUACAUAUUUGUUCGGAUGAGGAGACUCUGGCCGGGUUUGGCAAUUGCUUCAAGCGCAAUUUCCUCAAGGCUUCGAUCAAACAUCUUCCAAUUUUGAUCCCAAUGGCCUCGGACGAGACAUGCAGGGAGCAGCUGGAGUUCUUGCAGGGUGAUGAGCUGUGGGAGGUAACAAUUCCCCAGAAUAUGAGGGAUUAUGCGAAGGUCUGCGAUACAUUGGGGCCUAAUGACCACGAUGAAUUGUAA